AUGGCGGUUUCGUCAGGAUUUGAUUAUGAGGUGUUCUUGAGCUUUAGAGGACCAGAUACUCGAGCAGAUUUUACUGACUUCCUUUAUAUCAGCUUGAUUGAUGCGGGAAUCCGUGCGUGCAGAGAUGACAAAGAUCUGCGCGUCGGGGAUGGGAUUGGCCUGGAGCUUCUCCAUGCAAUCAAGCAGUCGAGAAUAUCCAUACCCAUCUUCUCAAAACAAUAUGCCUCUAGCACUUGGUGUCUCAUGGAGUUAGUCCAGAUGGUGGAGUGCAAGAAAAACAUGGGACAGAGGAUCAUGCCCAAUUUCUAUGACGUGGACCCUUCCGAGGUUCAGUACCAAACCGGCGGGUAUGGACAGGCCUUCCUUGAGCACGAAAGCAAGAGGCGAUAUGAUAAUGGAACUAUUAGCGAACGGAAGGUUGCUCUUAGCGAAGUCGGAGCACUAAAGGGAUGGGACCUCCAAAGCAUACCCAACAGGCACGAAGGUCACUCCGUGAAAACAGUCGUCAAGAAGGUUUUCAGUGAGUUGAAAAAGGGUUGUUUGGCAUUAUCAGAUUGCUUGGUUGAAGUCAACAAUCACAAUCAGCUGAUUUUCGACAUCCUUAAAAGGAAAUGGAAAGAUAUAAGCAACACAGACGAAGGGAUUGAGAUGAUUGAAGAAAGGCUUUGUGGUAAGAGGCUUCUCCUUCUCCUUGAUGAUGUUGACGAAAAGAAUCGAUUGAAUGCACUUAUGGGGCACAAUUGGUUCGGUGAAGGAAGUAAGGUUAUCGUCACUAGUAGAAACAAACAGGUUCUCAACGUUUCUGAAGUGGAUUGGACCUAUGAACUUAAGUGCAUGGAUUUCGACAAAUCUCUUCAACUUUUCAGCAAACAUGCCUUCAGAAGAGAUCGUCCUUUGGAAGAUCAUCUCACCCGCUCUAGAAAGGCAGUAGGCAUUGCUGGAGGUCUUCCUCUAGCUCUUGAGAUUAUAGGCUCGCUCUUAUCGUGCAACAGUACAGAAAAGUGGGAUGCCAUACUGACAAAGUUGGAAAAAGUUCCUCAUGAGGAAGUCAGCAGUAAGCUGAAAAUAAGUUACGAGGCCUUGGAUGAUCAGCAACAGCAAAUCUUUCUUGACAUAGCUUGUUUUUUCAUUGGAUAUGACAAAGAAAUCGCAAUUCACAUGUGGGAUGAGACCAAAAUUUUUCCAGAAGAAGCUUUGGAAGUUCUGCAGCAUAUGUCCUUGAUAAAGAUCAAAGAAAAUAAUACCUUGUGGAUGCAUGAUCUAACAAGGGACCUGGGGCGAGAAAUCAUCCGCCAACAUAGUAAUAUGGUAACAGAGAAGCAGACUGGGGUGUGGGAUGCUGAUGAAGCGUUAGAUUUGCUAAUGACAAACCGGGAAAAGGAAAAAGUUGAAGCUCUCCAUCUCGAGUUGCACCAUCCGGCAGAACACCGUUUUGCAGAUGAGGAACUCAUGAGACUUCCAAAUCUAAGGUUCCUUGUAGUUAUUGGCGAUAAAUCUAAAUGGUUUCGUGAUCUUCUCGGUCCGAUGGCAAAGAGCUUAAAAGUUCUGGAUAUGUCGGGUUGCUUCUUUUUGGUUAAAACUCCCGACUUCUCAGGACUUGCCAAUUUAGAACGACUGAUCAUGGAGGGCUGUAUACGCUUGGCCAGAGUCGAUGAAUCCGUCGGUCAGUUACAGCGCUUGGUUUUCUUAGAUGUCAGGUAUUGCGUGUGCCUUCGUGACUUGCCAAAUGAGAUUCACAAGCUAAAAUCUUUGAAAGAGCUCCUUAUUGAAGGCACGCAAAUACAAGACAACAUGAGUUCUAGCCGGUCCGAGUAA